AUGGCCGCCUCCACGGCACUCACCAAGUCCGACUCGGACUCGGCGCUAAUGCCACCUCCUCCACAGCCAAAGCGUCAGAAACGGCCGGCCAAAAUCUUGGAGGAGGAUGUCUAUUCUGAUGCCCUCUCUCACAUCAUAGCGCGUGACUUCUUCCCGGGCCUGCUAGAAACGGAGGCCCAGCAGGAAUAUCUCAACGCCCUGGACAGCAACAACAGCGACCGGAUCCGCGAAGCAGGACGGAAGUUGACGCAGGUAAUGACCCCCGGUCCCGAUACGCGAAGCCGCCGGAUGGCACGAGGCACAUCAUUCACUCCGAGACGAACUAUCGAUUCUGGAGACACGCCGAGGGGCUUUGUUGGGGAUACGCCGGCACGAACGCCAGCGGGAGUCUCAGCCAGAGACUUUGCGGCGGAAGUCACGCCAGAUGUGGAUGUUAACAUGUCGCUUGGCGCUUUCCAGGCGAAAUACACCUCGGAAGACAACGAAAGCUUUAACGAACUACUGGAUAAGCAGAAUGCGUCUCGGGCUGCGAAGUACGCCUUUUUCCACCACGGCAACAAGAUACCUUCGACGAACCAAAUUGCAUAUCGAUCACGAGAGCAGCGAUUACUUGAGAGCGGUGAAAGAUCGACUACCUCGACGGCACUAACCAGGACAAACUCGGCACAUGGAGGGCAAUCGACCGUAUCAACGGUUCCUCGACCGUCGGAGGACUUAGACGAACGAACGGCAUCCGUGGACUCUUUUCCCUCCCGCCAAGGGCCAAGAAACCAUCUGAUGUUCGGUCCGGAAGGUGUUGAGGACACACAUCUCACAUAUGCACGAGCUGCUGAGGACAGAUCGAACGCUCCACCCAAGAGCGUGACAUAUGCAGCAACUCGGAUGCAACCCACUUCGACAACAUCGGAUACUGCGGUGCCAUCGAGUCCAUCGAUGAGCGCAAUCGACGCAGCUAUAGCAGGCCGCCCACGACUCUCGGAAUCCGAAGUAGACUACUCCGGAGCAGAGACGCCGCGAGUGAAUGGCUACGCAUUUGUCGAUGCGGAGCCGACGCCCUCUGAGCUCGGCAUGCCUGUGACAGACGAAGAAGCGGAUGCUGCAGAACGAGAGGCCGCGAUGAAGUUCAUGCCAAAAGCUGAGGAGGGAGGUCCCAACCCCUUCAACCUGCGUGAGCGGAGCAAAAGAGAGGACCUCCACAUGCGACUCGUCGAGAAGGCCGAUGCUACGCGGCGGCAGGAGCGAGGAGGCGGUGGUAGUCAGCUGGAGAGGUUAAGAAGUCUGGGUGUGACGCCGGGUAGGACGCCGACGCCGAGAUUCACCAGUGGUCCUGGGAAGGGUGCAAAGAAGGACUCCGCCGCUGCCAUGACUCCGGCUGCUAGACGGCUAGCGGGGAGCAUUGCUACUCCGAGACGGGGAGAUGGUAUGUUUGCGGCUGAAAAGGACAGUCGGAGCCAAGAAGACAUCUGGGCACCCACGCCGAGGCCGAAGAGAGGCGCAUAG